UCUUCCUCGCCCUUCAUGUGAUCAGCUGUAAAGAUUUCAUUCAUUCGAAACAAUAAUCGCUUUAAGUUAUGGAUGUAUAAGUAGCAAUUUAAGAAUCGUGUUUUCUACAAGGAACGGUUGGAAGGGGGGGGAAAAAAAUCCAAGGGAGAGAAAUCAAGAGAAACUUCAGAAGAAUUGUGUAUCUUUAAACUCUGAACCAAUGAGGGAGGAGCUAGUGGAGAUGGCUGUUAAGUUUCUAUUACAUCCGACUGUCGGAAGAAGUCCGAUUAGCCAGAGGCGUUUGUUUCUCGAGAAUAAAGGCCUUACGAGUGAUGAGAUAGAUGAAGCCUUUCGUCGUGUUCCUGAUGCUACAUCAAGUGUAUCAUUUCGACAAGACAUUAACUCGAGUCAAGAUGUGCAAUCAAAGCCAUUUGCUAGUGUUCAACUACAAGGCACACCGCAGUCCUCCCAACCUCUGGCGGAAUCGAUGCUCACAGUUUCUCGAUCAUCCCGGUUUUCCUGGUCAUACGCAAUUGUUUCUGUAGUGCUACUUAUUUUUUCUGGCGCCGGGACUUCCAUGCUCCUAAAGAAAUUCUUUUUGCCCGGGUUGAAGUCAUGGAUCCGUAAGGUUGUUCUGGAAGAGGAUGAUGACGAUGAAGGAAGACACUCGAAACAAAGCUUGUCUAAAGAAGCGAUCGAAGCUGCCAAGGCAGCUGCAGUGGCUUCCGUCGUUGCUGCAAAAUCUAGUCUGCAAAUGUUGCAGUCAAAUAAAGAAGAGGGGAGACACUUUGAUGUUCUGUUAAGACGUUUAGGCAUCCAUAUAGCAGAACUGAGGUCGAUGAGUAUAACGGUACAGAGACUGGAUAGUGCUAGGACUGCUUCCUACAAACACACUGAUCAGUACAGUCAGCGCACAUCACAGAAUGGACUUGAUAGCAAUCUGUCAAAGGCAUCUGUCGUACACGGAGAUUACCCAAGAAACUUCCCCAGUCCGAUGAAAUUUAGAACAAGUGGUGUGCCAAAUUUUGAUAGUUCAGGAACUUCUACAGUUAGGCCUUCAUCUGCAUCUUCGAGACCCUCUGCCGGCCAGCACCCAAAGUCUUAUAUGGAGAUCAUGGGUAAGAUACAAAGAGGAGAGAAACCUCCUGGAAUAAAAGAUAUCGACGAUUCACCUCCAAAUCCUCAGAUAACUCCAAGACUUAAGCCUUGGGAAUCUCGACUGCAGAACAACUUCGGUUACACACCGGGAAAAGGGUUUUCUCAGCCAAAUGGAGAGAAUGGACAGCCAUGGUGGAGACGUAAUAAUAAUACCAACGGUAGAGUGGAAGCCGGGAGUCCGAGGAUCGACAAAUAGCCGGUUCAGCAGUCUUCAGGUAUCUCACUCCCCCCCAAUAUUAAGAGUAGAGGGUCUCGUCCCAAAUCAUCGGCUUCCGGUUGAGAAGUAUGGAAUUCAUGAUUCAGAAGAUAUGCAUAAGAACACUGUAUACUUUGUUGAGUUGGUCUAGUUACAGGUGGAAUGGUCAUCUUUGGUUUGAAGUUUGAGAACAAAAUCUAUAGAAAUGUU